ACUUGCGUGUCCGAUCUCUCUUUCCCUAAAAGCCCCUUCUUUUGUUCUUCUUCUUCGAUCUUCAAACCCUUCUCUUUUUCCCUCUUUUUGGUGUCACAUCACGGGGAUUGUUAGGGUUUUCGCUCCCCCCCCGUCCAUGAUCGUUGUCAUCGCUCCUGAUCCUAUCCGAAACUCCUGAUUCCUCCUCUCAUGACAGCCCUCGCAGGCGGAUGGCGGAGCCUAGGAGAUUCUCUCUGAAUUCUCAACUGGACAUUGGACAGAUUGUGUUAGAGGCCAAGACCCGCUGGUUGCGUCCAACUGAAAUUUGUGAAAUACUUCGCAACUACCAGAAGUUCUCAUUGACUCCAGAUCCCCCUUACAAACCUUCAAGUGGUUCUUUGUUCUUAUUCGAUCGGAAGGUGCUUAGAUAUUUUCGUAAAGAUGGCCAUUCUUGGAGAAAGAAGAAGGAUGGGAAAACUGUUCGGGAAGCUCAUGAAAAACUAAAGUCUGGCAGUAUAGAUGUUCUGCAUUGCUACUAUGCUCAUGGUGAGGACAAUGAGAAUUUCCAGAGACGAAGCUAUUGGUUACUUGAUGGAAAUUUGGAGCACAUUGUGCUUGUUCACUACAGAGAUGUUAAUGAGGUUUUUUCUCAUCCACCUGUACUUUCAUCUCUGGGAAUCAACUCCAGUGUGCCUUGCUUGUUAAAUUCAGACCCAGGGUCGAUUAAUUGCACGUUUGGUGCUCAAAGUAGUUCCGGUCAAAGUCUUUCUUCUGAAUUUGAGGAAGCAGAUUCUGUUGUUGACUAUGGAGAUCCUGCAGGAUUCGGCAAGCCAAUAAAUGCUUUUUAUUUGCCUCAAGGGCAUCCCCAAAAUUCAACACUAAGUGAAGGGCAACACAUAGCCCAUGGAACUUCUCAAUUAACUGGUCUACAUUGUCAAAUAAAUUGUGGCGUUGAUGCAAGUUCAUCUACCUUGCCUGAAACCCUUAACUAUGCUAUAAACUCAUCCACAAAGACUGAAAUCCUCAGAAAAUAUGCAGACUUUCAAGAGCAAAAAAUUUUAUCAGUACAACCAAAUUGUGCUAGUAGUAUGCCUGUGGCCAUGACAGACUCUGUGAUGUGUUCUGAUAAAGGAACAUAUGACAAACAAGAGCUUUUAACAGGUUCUCCGGAACAUGCAAUCAUGGGAUCUGACACUAGAAGCGUUCAGGUUAAGGAGGUGUAUAAACCAAAUGCUUAUAAUCCUGUAAAUCCUAAGCUCGAAGUGGAUGGUGCACCUGAUGAGUACCAUUUCUCUGCGGCACCUCAACUUGGAAGUACGAAAGAUUCUCAAGUGAACUCCACAGCUUCAGGCCAGCACUUAGAUUUUACAAACGAAGCGUCCUAUCUUAAAGAGUAUGCUUUAGGUGAUGUAGAUUAUAGGGAGCAUGGAGAUCUGAAGAAACUAGACAGCUUUGGGAGAUGGAUGAAUAAGGAAAUGGGCAGGGAUUGUGACAACUCAUUGAUGACUUCCGAGUCUGGUAGCUAUUUGAGGUCAUUUGAUACACAGAAUGACAGCAAAGAGGUAACUAGCCUAUUCCGUCAUAUGCAAUUGGAUAUGGAUUUACUUGGCCCCUCCAUUUCUCAGAACCAGUCCUUCAGCAUUAUUGACUUCUCACCUGAUUGGGCUUGGGCCUUUUCUAAGGUGGAAACAAAGGUUUUGAUUUCAGGCACCUUUCUGGGCGGCAUAGAUCCCAGCAGCAUCAAAUGGUGUUGCAUGUUUGGUGAACAUGAAGUUUCUGCUGAAGUUUUGACAGGUAAUGUCCUUAGGUGUCAAGCUCCUUCACAUGCUCCUGGAAGAGUUCCGUUCUAUGUCACCUGCAGCAAUAGGCUAGCUUGCAGUGAGGUUCGGGAAUUCGAAUUUCGUGAAGACUUCAUCAAUAGCACACUGGUAUCUAGAGAAAAAAUCCAUCUUCAAGUACAAUUUGCAAAGUUAUUAAGCGCAAGAGCGGUAGCCUGUCCUCUUGAGAACUGCACCAAAUGUGCCCUGGUUAAUGAGUUGUUUUUGAAUGUAAGUAUGGAUGAUAAUGGAUGGGACAGGCUUAAAGAACAGUCUAAGGCUUCUUCGGUACACAAAGGUGAUGUUGCAGACGUGCUGAUCCAGAUGUUAUUGAAGGGCAAACUCCGGGAUUGGUUACAUGCUAAGGUUCAUAAAGAAGGCAGAGGUCCUAAUAUCCUGGAUGAGGAAGGACUAGGUGCUAUCCAUUAUGCAGCCGCUCUUGGAUAUGAAUGGGCCAUUUGGCCCAUAGUUAGUGCUGGUGGAAAUCCUAAUUUUAGAGAUGCACAUGGCAAGACUGGGCUUCAUUGGGCUGCAUUCUAUGGCAGGGAAGAGGCUGUUGUUCAACUUAUCAGAUUGGGCACUGCACCUGGUGCAGUCCAGGAUCCUACGUCAGCUUCUCCAGGAGGUCAUACUGCUGCUGAUUUAGCAUCAAACAGAGGACAUAAGGGCAUUGCAGGGUAUUUGGCUGAAGCUGAUUUGAUCAGUCACCUCUCAGCAAUUACUCUUAAGGACAAUAUGAUGGGUAAUGAUUCAGUGGACCUUGCUGCAAAGAAGGCCAUUGAGGCAGUGCAAGAUUCAAGUGUAGAUCCUGCAGAUGGAAAAAAAGAUGAGCAAAUCCCGUUCCAAGGUUCUCUUGCUGCUGUGUGGAAUUCAGCGCAAGCAGCUGCACGUAUUCAAUCUGCUUUCAGAGUGCUUUCAUUCCGACACAGACAAUUGAUGAGACUGAAAGAUGAGAAACCUGAGAUAUUAAAUGAAGCAAUAAUAGUGUCUUCUCUAAGCAGUAAGCUCCAAAAACUCAAUCACUACAGUGAUGCUCUUCGUGCUGCUGCUGCUGUAAAAAUUCAAUGAAAAUAUUUUGGAUGGAGAGGGAGAACAGAUUUCUUAAAGAUCCGGGACCGGAUUGUGAAAAUUCAGGCGCAUGUUAGAGGGCACCAAGUUCGCAAGCAAUACAAAAAGGUUGUCUGGUCUGUGAGUAUUGUCGAAAAGGCCAUAUUGCGCUGGAGGCGCAAGGGAGCUGGAUUACGUGGCUUUCAUGCUGAUAAACUAGGUGGUUCUGUUGCACCAAAAGAUGGAACAACUGAUGACUAUGAAUUUCUUAGUCUUGGCCGAAAACAGAAAGCUGCUGCUGUAGAGAAAGCUUUAGCAAGAGUGCAGUCCAUGGCUCGCAAUUCAGAAGGCCGUGAUCAGUACAUGAGAUUAGUGACAAGUUCUAGUAGAUCGAAGUUGGGAGAGGGAGGUAUGUAGCUCAUCAGCACAGAUUUGCAAACAGAGAAUAGAGAUCUAUUUAUUACCAGGUAUCAUAGACUGACCCCCACCAUCUUAGGGUGCAAAGCUUUACUAUCAUUCUGUUAUGAUUUUUUU